UGUACCCUUUUCCUAUGAGGCCGGUUGUACGCUAAUCUGACAGCAACAUAAUGCUUACUUUCUGCUGUAAAAUUAAUUAAAUUAAUCUAAACAAUGUCGGAAGAAGACUUAAAAGUGCCGGAAGAGCUUUUCAAGGACGUGAAGUUCUAUGUGGUGGGAGACAUUGAUCAGAAGGUUGUACAACUUCUGAAGGCUGGGAAAGGAAAAGAAGUGUCUUACAAUGCCCUCGCCACCCACAUUAUAGCAGAAGACGGGGACAAUCCAGAGGUCGGAGAAUCCAGAGAGGUCUUCGACUUGCCUGUUGUGAAGCCGAGCUGGGUGAUUCUGUCUGUCAAAUGUGGAGACCUGCUACCAGUUACAGGGUUUUCCCCAGAGUCUGGACAAGUGUUCUUUGGUGUUACAGCUUGUUUGCCCCAUUUGUCCGAGGAUCUCAACACACUUUGGGCCUUUGUGACGUUCUAUGGAGGUGACUGUCAGCUCCACUUCAACAAAAAGUGCACACAUCUGGUUGUGCCUGAACCAAAGGGGGCCAAGUAUGAAUGUGCUCUGCGGCAUAGCAACAUUAAAAUAGUAACUCCAGAAUGGAUUUUGGACUCUAUAAAAGAAAAGAACAGGAAGGAUGAGACUCUGUAUCACCCACGUCUUACAGUAUAUGAGGCACCAGAAGAGGAAGGCAGCGAGUAUGAAAGGAGCUCACGUUCUGAAGGCAGUUACAGUGACAGACGCUCACCUCACAGCCGACGAUCCAGCCCUACAUCAUCCCGCGAUGCUUCCCCAGUAGGCAGGCGCAGUCGGUCACCCUCACCGAAACAUGAACGCAAAUCAGAGUUGAUGUUCGAUGACUCUGAUGACUCAUCCCCAGAGAAGGAGGAUCGUAACCUGAACUGGACCCCAGCUGAGGUGCCACAGCCUGGCCCUGCCAAGCGACGACUACAACCUGGCAAAGAAACCGGUUUGAUCAAUCUCUGUGCCAAUGUCCCUCCUGUACCUGGAGGUUUUGGGCCUUCAGAUGCACGGAUGGUCGGCACAGGUGGAGGUGUGCCUUUAGGGGUGGAGAGAUCUGAUGUCAUGGGUGGUUGGAAUCCAGCUGCUAGGACUCUGAGGAACAUUACUAACAACACAGACACGCAACAGGCCUCGCGACCCUCCAAUGUGGCACAUAUCCUCCAGAGUCUUUCAGCAUCCUCUAAAGGUGUGGUGGAGCACCUGGGAAACCAAGGCCAGCCUGGUGUUCCCAACCAGCUUCUGUUUAAUCCAGUUAAGACCCAGCAGCAACUACCACCUGAAGCACAGCAGCAGUUAAUACAGCAGCAACCAUCACAUCAGCUCCCGCAACAGCAACAGCAGCACCCGCAACAGAGCAACCACCACCACCACCACAAACAACAACAACAACAACAACAACAACAGCAGCAGCAGCAGCCGCCACAGCAGCAAGGCUUCCCUCAAAUGCCUCAGCAGUCUCAUCAGUUCUUGCAACAGCAGAUGCAUCAACAGAUGUAUGCACAACAACAGCAACAGCAGCAACAACUACAACAUACAUUCCCACAGCAACAAAUGCGACCACAGCAGCUUCCAAGGCCACCCUUGCAACAGCAACAUUUGCAGCAGUUACAACAGCAGCAUAGGCUCCAGUUACAGUUGCAGCAGCAGCAGCAGCAACAGCAGCAGCAGCAACAACAACAACAACAACAACAGCAGCAACAGCAAAACCAACAGCAGAUGCACCAACAGCAUUUGCAGCAGCAGCAACAUUUCUUACAACAGCAACUCCAACAGCAGCACAUGCAACAGCUGCAUCAACAACAGCAAAUGCAACAGCAGCAUCUGCAGAACCAGCAGUCUCUACAACAUCAGAACCAGCAGUCUCUACAACAUCAGAAUCAGCAGGUUGCUCAACAUCAGACCCAGACCAUGCUGCAACCUCCAGUGAUGCCUACACAGCUACACCAACUGUUCGGACACGAGCCAGGCCAAGACAUCCCUGAAGAGGGAUUCCUGGUUGGCUGUAUCUUUUCAAUUGCAGACUAUCCAGAACAGAUGGCUGAUAAACAAUUACUGGCCACAUGGAAAAGGAUCAUUCAGGCAAAUGGAGGGACUGUAGACUCUGUUCUCAGCCGCUGCACUCAUUUACUCUGUGAGAGUCAAGCCAGCAAUACCUACGUCCAGGCUCUGAGAGAGGGAAAACGUUGUGUGACGGCUCACUGGCUUAACACUGUUCUUAAAAAGAAGAGGAUGGUUCCCCCUCACAGGACCCUUCAUCUUCCUUUCACCUUCCCUCCAGGAGCCAAGCCCUGCUCACAGCAUAUCAUUUCUGUGACUGGAUUCGUGGACAGUGAUCGUGAUGAUUUGAAGCUCAUGGCCUAUCUAGCAGGAGCCCGAUACACAGGCUAUCUUUGUCGUAGCAACACUGUACUCGUCUGUAAAGAACCAAGUGGGUUGAAAUACGAGAAGGCAAAGGAGUGGAGGAUCCCGUGUGUGAACGCACAAUGGCUGUGCGACAUCCUACUGGGGCACUUUGAAGCUCUGCGGCAAAUCCAGCACAGCAGAUACUCCCAGUUCAAUUUACCUGAACCGCUGGCACCCAACCCUCAUCUUGUGCACAACCUUCUGAGUGCUUGGCGUAUUCCUGUUAAGAUCUCACCGGAGGCGUUGGCGAGCUUACGCCUGCAGCUGAAACAGAAACAGGCUGAUGUCGGCUCGCAGCCACCCAACAAGAGGCCCAAGUUAGAAGAGUUGCCGACACCUACUAAAAAGCUUCCACCCGAGUCCACACCUUACGUGCUUUUCACAGGCUUCGAACCAUUGCAGGCACAGCAAUACAUAAAGAAAUUGUAUGAUCUGGGAGGGGAAGUGGCUGACAGCGCUCAGAAGUGCACUCAUCUGGUCGCUAACAAAGUGACUAGAACUGUGAAGUUCCUCACUGCCGUAUCUGUAGUCAAGCACAUAGUCACUCCAGAAUGGCUGGAGGAAAGCUGGAAAAGCCAGAAAUUUGUGGAUGAGCAGAGUUAUAUGCUGCGGGAUGCAGAGGCAGAGGUGCUGUUCUGUUUCAGUCUGGAGGAGUCACUGAAGAGAGCUCACACAGCUCCGCUCUUUAAGGGAAAGUAUUUCUAUAUAACUCCAGGAAUCUGUCCGAGCCUCAGCACGAUGAAAGUUAUAGUGGAGAGUGCAGGAGGGAAAGUUCUGGCCAAGCAGCCCUCCUACCGCAAGAUUAUGGAGCACAAGCAAAACAAGAAUUUACCAGAGAUCAUUUUAAUAACCUGUGAAAAUGACUCCCAUCUGUGUCGAGAGUACUUCCUAAAGAACAUCGAUGUUUACACUGCUGAGCUCAUAUUGACGGGGGUGCUGACUCAAACCUUGGAUUAUGAAUCAUAUAAAUUCACAUGAUGUCCUUGUAAGGACAUGAAUAUUAUAUGACUGCUCGUGCCCUCUUCUGGAUCAACGCUAAAGGUUACUUAUUAAAUUUUAGUGUACAGUCAUGUUAUAUUUCAAUGUUUGUAUUUUAUUACUUGAUUUAAUAAAUAAUUUGUUACCGGUUUUGUAAACAAAGUAACAGUGAAUCUAAAUAAAUUACUGUUAUUUGUAAUUGUUGUUUUAAAUGAAGGCAAAGCUAUGUUUUUACUGUGAUAAAUGUUUGCCCCUUUUAUGGUUUUGCAAUAAAAUCUGAAUUUGA